AUGAUGGAGUCACACUGGGGUAACUACGAUGAGCAGUCCCCGCUGCCGGCUGCCCAAAAACACACCGCGCACAAUAAGAUGAUGGAGUCACACUGGGGUAACUACGACGAGCAGUCUCCCGAGCCCGUUAGGAGAAAUGCCACUGCACAGCGCAACCCUCUCGGCCACAACCAGCCCAGCUGGACCCACGGAGAGAACUAA